AUGCCAUUUUUGGACCUACCUGAUGAGAUAAUAGUGAAAAUAUUGUGUCAUUUAGAUCCUUCAGAUAUCAAUAAUCUUUAUGAAUUUGCUUCAAUAAGAAAUAGAUUUCAACAAUUUAUUAGUUUAACAAUUGAUGAUGAAAAUUCAAUAAAUUUUCCCAAUAUCCCAAUUGAAUCUAAAAUAAUAAUUAAUAAAGAUUCAAAUAUCAAUUGUGCAGGUCUACUUGAAUUUUUCGAGGUUAAUAACUUUACAGAUUUUAAUAAGAAAUUCUCCCAAAUAAAAGAUCAAGUACCUAAAUUUUGUAUCAUUAAUGAUCCAAUAAAAUGGUUACAUUUAAGUCCAUUUGAAUUUCAAUAUAAGCGAGGUGAUGAUCUGGUAUUAUUCAACCAAUUAAUCAAUGAAGCAUCUAAAAAUUCAAGUGCUAUCAAAUAUUUAUCGUUUAUAAAUCUAACCAAGAUUGUUAUAGAAAAUAUUAAUAUUGAUCCUUCAAUUCAUUUACCAAAUCUUGAAUCCACAAUAAUAACAAAUUGUAAAAGUUCAAAUGAAUCAAUUAAAUUUAAAUGGAAUAAACUUAAAGAUUUAUCAAUAACUGGACCAAAUUUUGCAGAAUCUUUACAUAAAUCAAUUGAUUAUAAUUUAUAUCCAAUUAGAUUAUAUUUAACUAAUAUUGGUCAUUUAAGGUUUACCAAUUUAAUUUUCACAAAUUUAAGAUUUAUAUUAAUAACUAGUGAUCCAAGUAUUGAAGGGUUUCAAUUAAAUGAUAUAAUAACUAUAGAUAACUGUGUUUUUCCAAAUUUAAAAGAAUUAAAUAUUGGUGUACAAAAUGGGGUUAUUUUAGAAAAUGUUACAUUACCAAAUUUGUUAAAAUUAUCAAUUAAAUGCACUUCUGGACAAAUUAUUUUGAAUAAUGUUAUAUCUAAUAAUCUUGAAGUUGUUGAGAUAACAACUAGUGUCAUGCCUUUAAUUCAAAAAUUUCAAUGUUUAAGUUUACAAUUAAUUUAUUUUGAUAUAGAAAUCUUUAGAGAAGAUGCAGAUUUUAAUUUUUUAACAAAUAUACCUAAUUUAAUCAUAAAAAACCAUGUUUCACAAAUUUUAUCCAAGAUUAAUUUGGAAUGUUUAAAAUUUUUAGGUUUAGAUUUAAUACAACCUAAUGAUUUAGCAAUAAAUUCAAUGGAAUUUCCUCAACUUGAAUAUGCAGAUUUAUCUUUAGAUUUUAAUUAUGAUAAGAUACCAUUGAUUAAUGCACCAAAUUUAAAACAAUUGAACAUUGCAGAUAGUCCUGGCUUAAACACUUUAAAUAAUAUACCCAUUGAUUAUCCACAAUUGGAAGAAUUGAUCUUGGAAAUGGUACAAUUACCAUUAAAAGUUAAAGACAUUACAUUUCCAAAUCUCAUAUCUUUUGAAAUAAAUAUGGAAGGUGAUCUUUUAGAAUUUAUUAAUUGUGAUUUCCCUAAAUUAAAAUCAUUUUUCGCUAUAGGUUCAAUGUUUGAAACACCAUCAUCUAUUAUGAUAAAUGCUGAAAAUUUAGUUGAAAUGAAAUUGGAAAAUUUAGAUAUGGAAGAAUUAAUUUUACCCAAUAAUCCAAAAUUACAACAUUUAUCAGCAAAUAGAGUUGAAUCACUUUAUACACAAGAUCUUGAUUCAUUAAUUUGCUUGGAUCUUUCAUAUAAUUUGAUGAAAGAUUUAAAUAUAAAAUCUGCACCAAAUUUGAAAAAUUUUGAAUCAAUACAAUCAAAUGCACAAGAAUUUAAAUUUGAAUCUGGUUUAAAUUUAUCUUCAGAUGAAAAAUUUAUCAAGUUUGGAUCAAGAUAUAAUCCAGUUUUAGAAUCCAUAUCUAUAGAAGAACCAAUUGGUGUAAGAUCUUGGAUGGCUAAAUAUUAUUGGGAUUUAAAUAAAGCUUUACGUCGUUAA